UUUGCGUGAAGAGAAAUUUUCCUCGAAAUUUAUUAUUAGAUCUAUAAAUAGCAGAGCCAUUUUUUCCACAAUUUUCUCUUUUUCAUUUUCAUUGUGAUCUUGUGAUUUCUCUAGAUCUUCUCCUUUUUCUCAAUUUUGUCCAAAAAGUUUCUUUAUGGAUACAUUGUUCUUCGAUAUAAUCAAAAAGUUUCAUUGCUCUGUUUGUUCAACGCCAGCUUUGCCUUUUGAUUCCUUUCAUUUUCAUCGUCUGAGUUUUAGUCAAACUUGUAUUUGCUUCUAACCGUUUGUUACCUGGAGCUGUCACCAUGGGUAGAAGAAGUUCACAACGUAGGAAUGCUGCUAUGCUGGAUAGUGAUGACACGGAUAGCUUGAGUUCAUCAUCAACUACUCGGUCGGAUAUGAUGUUGUCUGGUUUAGAGGAGGUUCAAUUUGAUAAGGAGACUGUCCUUGAUCAAUGUGUGGAUGCCCUUUAUGAGAAAAGGGGAUCAACAAGAGAGAAGGCUUUGACAUCUAUUAUAGAAGCAUUCAAUAGCAACAUACAACAUGAAUUUGUUGAAAAGAAGUUUGCCACAUUAUUGCAACUAUGUUUGAGUUCCAUUAGACGUGGUUCCUCCAAGGAGAUAGCUUUGGCAUCUCAUGUUAUUGGGCUUCUUGCUUUAACUGCUGGCCCUGGGGACAAAGCACACGAGAUUCUGGAAGAAUCAGUAAAACCUAUCUCAGUUGCUCUUAAAUCUCGAUCUGACAAUUCUAAAAUAUCCUCGUUACUGGAGUGUUUGGCCAUUAUCACCUUUGUUGGUGGCAAAGAACCUGAGGAAACAGAAGAGUCUAUGCAAUUGAUGUGGCAAGUCAUCAAUCCAAAACUGGGUCCCAAUGUGGCUACUGCUAAACCUUCACCAGUAAUGAUAACAGCAGUUGUAUCUUCUUGGUCUUUCCUUCUUACUACCAUGGAUGGGUGGACACUAAACCCAAAAAGUUGGCAAGGGUCAAUCUCCUACUUCUCAAAUCUUCUAGACAAGGAAGACCGAUCUGUGCGCAUUGCAGCUGGCGAAACACUUGCUUUAGUUUUUGAAGUUGGGAGUCUGGAAAAGUUUUCUGGUGAAUCUAAAGAAUCUAGUGACAGCUCCGCAGAUGAAACUAACAAAUCUAGGGAAUUAUUACAUAUACAGGGAUUAAGGGCAAAAGUACUGAACCAAGUAAGAACCCUUUCGGCAGAGGCUGGAGGUAAAGGGUCAGCCAAGAAGGAUCUUAACAAUCAAAGGAACACAUUCCGAGAUAUAUUGGAAUUUCUAGAGGAUGGGUAUAGUCCCGAAACCUCAGUCAAGAUUGGUGGGCUAUUGCUUAGCACAAGUACUUGGGCUCAUCUGAUACAGUUAAACUUCCUUAAGCACUUCCUUGGAGGAGGAUUUGUGAAGCAUAUGCAGGAAAAUGAGUUUCUUCAUGAUGUAUUUGGUUUCACACCGAAGAAGAAUCUCCCAGCUUCUCAGCAUCGUGUAUCUGGAACUGACAAGAGAAUGUACAAGUCGCCAAAUUCCAUCCUUAACAAAGCCAGGACUCAAUUUCUAAACAAGCAAAGAAUGUUGUCCCAGGACAAGAAUGUCGGCUACUAUGAGGGUGGUGAUGAGUUCUGAACACAACCAGUUGCAGCAACACAGCCCCCUCGAAAACAUGCAAGGACAAUUUUCCUUCGUGUCAUACUAUACAUUCAUAGUGACAGAUUUAAUGAACAAAAUGAUUAAAAAAGAUAGUUAUUUGAUCAUUUUGGUUGCUACUUGGUAGUAUUCCCUUAUUUUUCUUUUUCAUUAUGUAAUAAAAUACAUUUGAUUUGUUACCUCUGAUGGAGUUCAUCAGUAGUGCAUAAGAAAUGCCAGCCACUUUCUGUUGAAAUUUUUGAAGUAAGGUUUUAUUUGGUUUUGUUGGA